GCAGAGCGGAGGUGAGUCCUCUGUUUACAUUGCAACAGCUGGGUGGGGCUGCUGAUGCACCAACACCACGCUUCCUGCUCAUUUAAGAGCAGCGCGAGACCACGCGGAGCCUGUCACGCGCGAUGUCUGCCGCAGAGUGGAAGCAGAAAUGCGAGGCGGAGUGGGGUCUGCAGGGCGCCCCGAUGCCCGACGCUGUGGACUGGAAGUCCGUGUAUGAGGCCAAGCCGCUGGGACGGAACCUGCUGAAGAACCCGUCUCCUAUCGGGUUUAGUAAGGACACCCCUCCGCCUGAGCCUGAGUAUCCAGAUGCGCCUCCAGCUGGACCUCCCCGCUUUCAGCCUGAAGGUGACUUUGCUAGCUGGACCACGAAAACAGAGGUCCUGCCUUAUGACACCAGUGGCAUCCCAGAGGGCGCUGUGGUCUGUGGGUUGCCGCAGUACAGCUGGUUCACCUUGGAGCAGGUUGUGGACCUGAAGGCAGAGGGACUGUGGGAUGAGCUGCUGGACAAGUUCCAGCCUGAAAUAGUCAUUCAAGAUUGGUAUGAAGAAAGUCAGCUGCAUGAUUACAUCUAUGAGCUGCAUGUAAAGCUGCUGGCUGCAGACAAAACAACAAUCAUCUCACUGCACACAGCUAAGCCCACAGAAAACUUGAGUGUUUACUCCCACAACUGGAAGGAGGUGUCUCACGUGUUCUCCAGCUACGGACCCGGCGUGAGAUACGUCCACUUCCAGCACAGACUGAAGAACAGCUUCUUGAACGACUUCUUCCCCACACGCUUCACUGACAGCUCUGUCAUUGUGAAGCCAGUCAGAACCAGUUCAAAGGUUUAACGGAAACGUAGCUGCUAGUUCAGGUGGAUUUACCCGUGGGGAACGGACACAUUAUUGUGGCUUCAUAAGAAACAUUGUAUUGUUGGUUUGAAUUGACACCUGCAUGAAAUAGGUGUGCAGGGUGGGCAUGCUAACCACGAAUUAAACAAAAGCAUUUGUGUCUAAAUGCAAAACCACACAAGGCUGAUGAUAAUCAAAUGUUUUUCAUACUGCCAAUUUAGUUAAGUCACAUAAAGGACUUUUUCAAACGGCUCCAUUUCAAAUUGUUAUACGUUUGAUUCAGUCCAAGUAAUUUAAAUUUAUAUCAAUGCAAUUCAAUCUUAAUAUCCAUUAAUUGGAAAUGAUUAACUAUUAUACAGUGCAAACGUAGUCAGUUUACCAUAAA